GGGCCUGGAUGACACCGAACGGGAAUCAGGCACCGAGCCAGAUAAGGAAUAGUUGCUAUCAAGCAUCUGCGCGUGUCAUUUUGAAGGCUUGCCAUCUUGCCUCGUCACAAGUUUUCCACCGACCACCACCAUGUCCGCGCGUAGCCCUCUCUCCGUCGUGUUUCUUCUUCACAUCGCGCUGGAGAUACCGCUGGCGAUCCAGGGAGUAUGGUCCCCGGCCUCUCUGCCGUUCCUGCAGAUGAACAAUACGACCCUUGUCGUGGUCAAGUUGUAUAGUGCUCUAGUGUUUGCGACUUGUGGCGUGUCAUUGCUCUGCUUCGGAUUACCUGAAUUCCUGCCAGGAAAACGUGCCCUUGCCAUUGGCCUGUGCAUAUACCACACCAUAUGCUCCACGAUCCUGUACCAGGCCCCGCGUUUCAUACCGAUGUCUCUGGGGGCCUUUGCCGAGAGGUUAGUCAGCCCGAUGGUCGAUGGCCGAGCAUCCUUCUUGUUUUUUCGGUCAUUCACACGUCGUCAGCUUCAAAGUCACGCCCGAAGGCGUCUGGGGAACCCUACAUGGUCUCCUCGGACUUCUCAUGGUCGUCUGGUGGCAAGGGACCCUUCAUUACGCUCAGAUGAUACGCCCCCAAUGAUUCGGUCGUCGUUCGUCCAGGAAGAGCAGGGAUAUGGUGAAACGAGAUCUGUGCGCGUGUGUAAAAAUGACAGUGCUGCGUAUCUUUAUUGCUCUGAAUAUACUACGACAUGAUCUCACCGGUACAGCGUCAAAUCGGAUAUCAUAAUCAAUCCGACCGUUCGGCGGAAGUGGCCCAGCGUCGACCGGAUUGUUACAAUCAAAUCAACAGUUUGGCAAAAGACGUGCUUGGUAGGGCUUCGCUGAGUAGAUGGGGUCAGAAAGAACGACACUUGACGAGAGAAUGCGGAGAUAACACAUGUUGCUAAGCUUCGGUGUCUGGUGUGGUUAUCGUCUGGACUCUCCUCAUCGCUUUAUAAGUCAAUCAAACGAGCCCAAGUCUCCAGUUACCUGUCAUGGCUCAUCUCUUGACACUCGCUCUCGCAAGUCUCGUCUUCGCGCCGACUUCAGCAGCACCUUCUCCUGCUUGGACUUUUGUCCGCAAGGGCAACUCGAGUGUCAUUGGACUCGAGGCCAUAAUCGUCUCGCCGCGCCUGGCGGUGUUCUUCGACAAGGCGACGAAUGAUCCGUCCACCACUCCUGAUGGCAAAGUUGCCUGGGGCGAGCUCUGGGAUCUGGAGUCCAAUUCUGGGGUGCCGCUCAAGCUUGUUUCCGACACAUUCUGUGCGUCUGGUGCAUUGCUCAGUAACGGGACGAUGGUUUCCGUCGGCGGAACGAUCCCUGUAGCCGCUGAUUUGAACGCAACUGGAGCGGUAGACGGCCGAAUGGGUCUGCGGAUGUUUGGACCGUGCUUGGAUCCUCCUUCCGGACCGGGUUGCACUGUAUUCGAAGAUUUGGAGCACAUUCAUAUGGCAGAAACGCGUUGGUAUCCGUCCUCGAUCAGAAUCUUUGACGG